AUGAAUUCAAAGAAGACAGAAACUACAUCAGCACCGCCAAUACUUAGAAGAGACCCAUAUGAAGUAUUGUCGGUAUCAAGGGAUUCUAAUGAUCAGGAGAUUAAAACUGCUUAUAGAAAACUUGCUCUCAAGUAUCAUCCAGAUAAAAAUGCUAGUAAUCCUGAAGCUUCAGAACUUUUCAAGGAGGUUGCAUAUUCAUACAGUAUAUUAUCUGACCCUGAGAAGAGAAGGCAAUAUGACAGUGCAGGGUUCGAGGCUCUGGAUGUUGAAAACAUGGACAUGGAAAUUGAUCUGUCUAAUCUGGGAACUGUCAAUACAGUGUUUGCUGCAUUAUUCAGCAAGCUUGGUGUCCCUAUCAAGACUACAAUUUCUGCUAAUGUUCUUGAAGAUGCUCUUAAUGGAACUGUCACUGUCAGACCCCUCCCUGUCGGUACAUCAGUCAGUGGGAAGGUGGACAAGCAAUGUGCCCACUUCUUUGGUGUAACAAUAAAUGAGCAACAAGCUGAGGCAGGGAUUGUUGUGAGAGUAACUUCAACAGCACAAAGCAAAUUUAAGUUGCUUUAUUUUGAACAAGAUGGCAAUGGUGGCUAUGGUUUGGCCUUACAGGAAGAUAGUGAGAAGACUGGCAAGGUGACAUCUGCAGGGAUGUAUUUCUUACAUUUUCAAGUGUACAGAAUGGAUUCAACUGUGAAUGCGUUAGCAAUAGCUAAGGACCCUGAUGCUGCUUUCUUUAAAAGGUUGGAAGGUCUUCAACCUUGUGAAGUUUCUGAACUGAAAGCUGGGACUCAUAUAUUCGCUGUUUAUGGAGAUAAUUUCUUCAAGACUGCUACCUACACGAUUGAGGCACUUUGUGCAAAGACUUAUGAGGAUACCACAGAGAAGCUCAAGGAUAUUGAGGUUCAAAUUCUUAGAAAAAGGAAUGAGCUACGUCAAUUUGAGACAGAGUACCGAAAGGCUUUGGCACGCUUCCAAGAAGUAACCAACAGAUACAGCCAGGAAAAGCAAUCUGUUGAUGAGCUUCUGAAACAGCGUGAUAACAUACACGCAUCAUUCACUGUAACCAAGACUGUAAGCUACUUAAGUAAUGGAAGUACGAGCAAAGUUCUUGGGGAUGAUUCAAAAGCAGAGUCUCCAGUGGAAGAUGGAAGCUCUGAUGGAAAGGAUAAAUCAUCCAAAAAGAAAUGGUUCAACUUGAACCUUAAAGGGUCAGAGAAAAAGUAG